UUUACAGACAAGAAACAUCCAAACAAAAAUAGAAAAUAUAGAUCCUUCUACAAUUGUUUUUGUGGAGGAUAAAGAUAUCAAAGAUCCAAAAUUUAUAUGCACGAACCCAGAAACUAUAAAAAUACUGAAUGAAGCAAAAGAUUUACUUUGUAUAAAUGAAGUCGUAGCAAUACCAACCGAAACUGUAUAUGGUCUUGCUUCAAAUGCACUUUCACCCAUUUCAAUCAAAAAAAUAUUUCAAGCGAAAAACCGACCAUUAGAUAACCCACUUAUUAUACAUAUUUCGUCAUUAAAAAUGUUGUACGAUUUAUUGUCACCUACUAGCACCAGCAACACUAAUAAUGACACCACCACAAGUACUAUUACCACCAAUUCAUUUACACUGUCACCAUUAUAUGAUGUUUUAAUGAAAAAAUUUUGGCCAGGUCCUUUAACUUUAUUAUUUCCAAAAACUGAUAAGAUACCUGAUGAAAUAACAUGCGGCCAAGAUAAAGUAGCAAUAAGAUUUCCAUCAAAUAAUAUAGCUAGGGCUUUAAUUACAUUAUGUGGAUUUCCUUUAGCAGCACCAUCAGCUAAUUCAUCAGGUAAACCUUCGCCUACAUUAGCUAAUCAUGUUUAUAAUGAUUUGAAUAAUAGGAUUCCUUUGAUAAUUGAUGGUGGACAAUGUGAUUUUGGUUUAGAAUCAACAGUUUUAGACAUUACAAAACUGAUCACUGAUAAAAUUUAUGAAAAAGAGGAUGAAACUACUACUAAAUAUCCGGUUAUUCUAAGACCUGGAGGUAUAACCUUUGAACAAUUGGUCAGAGUGCCAGGUUUAGAACAUUUAAAAGUUUAUAAAAAAGAUUUUAUAGAUGAAAAUUUAGAAAUGAAGCCUACAACACCUGGUAUGAAAUAUAGGCAUUAUUCGCCUGAUGCAAAAGUUAUUUUGAUUGAUGUUACUAUUAAGAAUGAUGGUGACGAUGAUAAAGUUAGAAAUAUUAUAAAACCUUUUCAAAAGAAUGGAUUUACUUAUUAUAAUAAUGAAAGAAAUGAGAAUGAUGAGAUUAUUGAAUAUUCACUGGGUGAUUUAAUACAUCCAGAUCAAAUUGCAAAAGAAUUGUUCAAGGGUUUAAGAUAUUUAGAUGAAAAGAAGGUUGAUUAUAUUAUAGCACAAAGUAUGCCUGAGAUUGAAGAAGGUUUAGCAGUGAUGAAUAGAUUGAGAAAAGCUGCUUCUAAAAUUAUAAAUGAUUAG